UAGCAGGCUAUUAGUACUCAAAAACUCAUUUUCAUCAAUAUGAUUUCCUGUUUCUGGGCUUCCUCGUUGACGAUCUUCCUAAGCAUAAUGAUGCUAUUGACUGGCACCCAUGCUGCAUCCGACGUUGUUCCUGGGAAACAUUUCGACAGAGUGUUUAUUGUGGUUUUUGAAAAUCAAGAUUAUAAAACAGCCGCCAAAGACAAAUUCAUGUCCUCGCUCGCUGAUCGCUACAACGGUGUCACUCUGACCAACUACCUUGCAACAACUCAUCCGUCGCAACCCAACUAUAUCGCCAUGAUCAGUGGUUCAACCGAUGGUACCAAUGAGGAUGAUGAGUCUAAUAUCAAGCGAAAGACGAUUGUCGAUCUGUUGGAGAAGAAGGACAUCUCGUGGACAACCUACCAAGAAGACUAUCCUGGGCAUUGCAAUAAGGAAACCGACAUCAAAAACUAUGCACGCAAACAUAACCCUUUCAUGUCUUUCACCAAUAUCUCGGGCAACAAAAAGCGAUGUGCCAAGAUCGUCAAUAGCAAGCAAUUGGAUAAAGAUAUCGCGAACAAUGCUGUGCCUCAAUUUGCGUUCUACACACCGGACUUGAUGAAUGAUGCCCAUGAUUCGAGUAUGAGUUAUGCUUCUCGAUGGUUUAAAAAGUUUUUGCAGAAGCGCAUCAAUAAUCCUGCUUUCAGCAAAAACACCAUGUUUGUUGCCACCUUUGAUGAAGACGAUGGAGGUAGCGAUGACAACAAAGUUUAUACAGUAUUGUUCGGCCCCGAUUUCCAUCGCUCAUCCUCCAAGCGGAAAGACAAUAAGCGAUACAACCACUAUUCGUUGCUGCGCACCAUUGAAGAUAACUGGGAUCUGGGUGACCUUGGACAACACGAUAAGAAAGCAGUUCCAAUCAAAUUAUAGAUUAUUUUUUCCCACAAAAAUAGAUACCCGUGUUCGUCAGCUGUGCUGAUCGUGGUUGUUCUCAUUAUAGAGAAGAAGAUUAAAAUAUUUUGAUUUGUCGUUGUCUUCAUUUCCUACUUUUUUUUCAGUCAUCCAUAACCGUCG